AUGGGCGAUCAACCACCGCCUGAUUUCGUGCGUGUCGCAUCGGAUGGAUCGAGAUUCGAAGUCAAUGGGGCGCCUUUCUACUUCAGUGGAGCCAACUGUUAUUAUAUGAUGACCCGGGCAGCGGAUCCAAACCUGCGCCACGAGGUCACAGAAGUACUGGACGCAAUGAGGAGCGCAGAUCUGACAGUGCUGCGCACCUGGGCAUUCUGCGAUGGUCCGGAGUGGAACGCGCUUCAGCCUGAAGCCGGGGUGUUUGACGAGAGGGUCUUUGCAGCGCUGGAUUGGGUCAUUGCAGAAGCGGGUGCUCGUGGCAUACGCCUGAGCCUGCCCCUCGUUAAUUACUGGCCUGCCUAUGGAGGCAGCCCCCAGUAUGUCAGGUGGAGCUGCCAGAGACGGGGUGUGGAGGACUCGGGCAACCCAGAGGCCUUCUAUGGGGACCACUGCUGCCAGGACAUCUUCCAGAACUUCCUGGUCACCAUCACUUCCAGGGUCAACACCAUCACAAACACCGCCUACAGGGACGACCCGACCAUCAUAGCGUGGGAGCUCAUGAACGAGCCGCGCUGCAACGGGGACUUCUCGGCCAGCAAGCUGCAGGCCUGGAUCGAGCAGACGGCCGAGUUCCUCAAGAGCAUCGACCCCCACCACCUCGUCACUGUCGGCUCCGAGGGCUUCUUCGGCAGCUCAACCCCAGAGUUCCUGCAGGACAAUCCGUAUGACACGCUGACGCUGGGCUGCGAUUUCGCGCGGAAUCACGUGCCGGAGCACAUCGACUUCUGCAGCAUCCACCUGUGGCCCGACUCCUGGCUGCCCGACCCCGACAGCGAGGAGGCUGCGCUGCGAUUCGCACGCCGCUGGAUCAACGCCCACAUCGACUGCUGCAGCCAGCUUGCCAAGCCCCUCGUGCUCGCCGAGUUCGGCAAGAAGCCCGCCGGCGCGCCGCGAGCUGCCUUCUAUCAAAAGGUGGACACACUUAAGCAUGCUCCCAUGAUUCUGGGGGCAGAUCCGGAUUUGUAG